AUGGCGUUAUCGAUAUCUUCCUUUCCAGGGCUUUUCAGCGCAGCAACGGGUGUAGCUCUACACCAUCUACUUUUCAGACAUGGAGAGUGGGACAACAAUGCGCCAACUAUUAUUGGUUCCUACGCGGCUGUUUUUGCUGCUCUGAAUGUGUUUAAAUCGGCAGGACCCGUCGUUGGGCUUCAAAAUACGAAUGUAUACUACCUUCUUGCAUGCCACUUUCUCGGCCUUUUCAGCAGCAUCAUUAUUUACCGUAUAUCCUUCCAUCGCCUACGAAAAUUCUCUGGUCCUGCCCUCGCUGGUGUCACGUCGUGGUAUGUCAAUAUUUUGUCGGCUAAGAAACUCAACAACUUCGAAAUAGUCGAUAAACUACAUCGAAAAUAUGGUGACUAUGUGCGUGUUGGGCCUCGUGAAUUGUCAAUCAAGGACCCACGAGCCUUGCCCUUUAUAUACGGACCUGCAUCUCAGACAACGAAGGGACCUUUUUACGAUGGCGCUCAGCCUUAUAUCUCGGUUCACUCAACAAGAGACAAGAAAGAUCAUGCUCGACGUCGCAAGGCGUGGGAUCGAGCUUUUAGCUCCAAAUCGCUUCGUGAUUACGAGCAACGUGUAUCGAAGUAUGCUGCCCAGUUGUUAUCGGUAGUUGCGGACAAUGCUGGCCAGCCCAUUGAAAUGUCUCGGUGGUUCAACUAUUAUAGCUUCGAUGUGAUCGGCGAUCUGACGUUUGGCAAAUCCUUUGAUAUGCUCAUAACCGGCAAGGAUGCUUAUAUGCUCAAGACUUUGCACGAGCAAAUGCAGUCGUUGGGCCCGUUUCUACAUUCCACGUGGAUUUUGGCUCUGUUCAAAUUGAUUCCUGGAUUGAACAGUAGUUAUCUAGAAUAUUUUGUCUGGGUUAAAACUCAAGUUGAGAAUCGAAUCAAGAAUGUGCCAGAGAACCCAGAUAUCUUCAUACAACUCGAGACAGACUUUCGGAAAGGAAAGCAGACAAAUAUAGAUCGACUGCACUUGGAUGGAGAAGUCAAUACAGGUAUUGUUGCGGGGAGUGACUCAACGGCAUCAACCGUAACAAAUCUAUUUUACGAACUCGCCAACGCACCUGAAUACACCCGUCUGCUUCAAUCAGAAAUUGACUCGAUCACGGAACCCACAUACCAAGAGCUAUCGCAGAUGAAAUUACUCAACGCCGCUAUUGAUGAAACAAUGCGCUUGCAUCCGGCUAUACCAUCAGGCAUGCAGCGUGUGACUCCCCAGAAAGGAGUCAUGAUCGAUGACAUUUACAUUCCGGGCGACUGUUUAGUUCAGAUACCUCUUUACUCAGUAUUCAGAGAUGAGCGUUCAUUUGUCAAACCUAAUGAGUUCAUUCCGCAGCGCUGGAUUGACAGGCCCGACCUUCUCAAGAACCCGUCUGCUUUUACGCCUUUUGGCCUUGGAUCUUUUGCAUGUGCUGGCAAACAGCUCGCAUUAAUGGAGAUCAGGCGAAUCACAAGGGAUAUUCUCUGCCGAUAUGAUGUUACUUUUGCAAAGGACCAGACCCGGGAGGCGUUCUAUGACGGUCAACAAGAUGCGUUCACUCUAGUUUGUGGAAAACUGCGACUUGUGUUUACAGAGCGAAAGUCGAUGGGGGUUUGA